CUUCACCCUCUUUCUGUCUCUAUUGCCAUUCCGACGCACAUCCCUCGCAGAGGAGCACCAUCCUGGCGGAGCUGGAUAGGGUGCCGCUUCUCGGGUCCCUCUGCGCAGAAGAGGACUUCACCCACCGGGGUUCCGGUACCUCGCCUCCUCCCCCUUGGGCCCCGGGAGAGCCUUCGGCGCGGAGAUGCGCCCCUGGAGCGGAGCUCGCUGUCGGUAAAGUCACACAAAGAGAAUGAGACUGUGAAGCGGCGCGACAUUCAUCACCCCGGAGGAGUAAUAACGGCACCAGCCUGCAUGGUUUUAUAUUGAGGAUUUGUGCGCUUGAUCGGGGCUCUAAGACCCCCCGUACCCCCUCCACCUCCUUCUCUCCUCGCCCCCCCAAUCCCAGCUGAAGACAUGAGAAGAAAAAGCUCUGCUGCUGCUGCUGCUGCUGCGGCUCUCUGCGUUUGAGUCUCCAGUCCGUCCGAGGGGGGUCCAGUCUGCACACCUUUCUUCAUGUUGCAAGCCCCUGGUUUAUGACAAUGGAUUACUUGCUUUGGGUGUGCAGCCUUGUUGUCCCUGUGGUCCUGGCUGUAGAAGAAACCCUCAUGGACAGUCGGUGGGCUACCACAGAGCUGGCUUGGACCACGUUUCCAGAGAGCGGGUGGGAGGAAGUGAGCGGAUACGAUGACUCCAUGAGCCCCAUCAGAACCUACCAGGUGUGCAACGUCCGGCAGCCGAACCAGAACAACUGGCUGAGGACAGACUACGUCCCCCGUAAAGGAGUGCUGAGAGUCUACGUGGAACUCAAGUUCUCUGUCCGCGACUGUGCAAGCAUCCCCAACAUCCCGGGCUCCUGCAAGGAGACCUUCAAUCUGUUUUACUACGAGUCAGAGGGGGACGUGGCAACAGACAGCAGCCCCCUGUGGAAGGAGAACCCUUACGUGAAGGUGGAUACUAUUGCUCCGGACGAGAGCUUCUCUCUGCUGGAGGCCGGCAGGAUCAACACCAAAGUGCGCAGCUUUGGCCCCUUGUCCAAGGCCGGGUUCUACCUGGCCUUCCAGGACCUGGGGGCCUGCAUGUCGCUCAUCUCAGUCAGGGUUUUCUUCAAGAAGUGCUCCACCACCAUUGCCAAUUUCGCUGUCUUCCCUGAGACCGCCACGGGUGCAGAAGCCACCUCCCUGGUCAUCGCACCAGGGGCCUGCGUGGCCAACGCCAUGGAGGUGUCCGUCCCUCUCAAACUGUACUGCAACGGGGACGGAGAGUGGAUGGUUCCGGUGGGCUCGUGCACCUGCGUUGCCGGCUAUGAACCCGCUGGAGAGAAUACGCAGUGCCAGGCUUGCAUCCCCGGGACUUUCAAAUCCAAAUUCGGUGAGGGGACGUGCGCUCCCUGCCCGGCCAACAGCCGCACCAGUUCACGAGGAGCAAACAUCUGUCCCUGCCUGAACGGCUUCUACCGCGCCGACAGCGACCCGCCGGACUCCUCCUGCACCACCAUCCCCUUGGCCCCUCGCAACGUCAUAUCCAGCGUGAACGAGACCUCCUUGUCCCUGGAGUGGGAUGAACCCAUGGACACGGGCGGGCGGGGGGACCUCGUCUACAACGUGGUGUGCAAGAAGUGCCUGCGCGACCUCAGCCCCUGCACGCGGUGCGACGACAACGUGGACAUCGCUCCGCGCCGCCUGGGCAUGAGGCAGAGGAAGGUGGUGGUGAGGAACCUGCAGGCCCACACCCGCUACAGCUUCGAGGUCCAGGCCGUCAACGGCGUGUCCGGGAAGAACCCGUCCUCGCCCAACUACUCCACGGUCAACAUCACCACCAACCAGGCCGCACCUUCAGCCGUGCCAACAGUCCAUCUGAUGCGCUCCACUGCAGACACCCUCAGCCUGUCAUGGCUGCCCCCCGAGAAGCCCAACGGGGUCAUCCUCGACUACGAGAUCAAGUACCAGGAGAGGGGCCAGGCGAUGGCUCACACCGUCACGUCCCAGCACAGCUCGGUCAACGUGGAGGGCCUGCGGGCGGCCACGCCCUACGUGGUGCAGGUCAGGGCCCGCACCGUGGCCGGGUACGGUCGCUACAGCAACCCCAUGGACUUCAGCACCAACCUGCACAGUGACCCCCAGAAGUCGGUGCAGGACCAGCUGACUCUCAUCAUAGGCUCAGUCUUGGCCGGUCUGGUGGUCGUCGUUGCCUUGGUGGUUAUCGCUGUUGUCUGCCUUAAGAAGCAGCGCAGCGGGUCGGAGCUGGAGUACACCGAGAAACUGCAGCAGUACAUUUCUCCAGGGGUCAAGGUGUACAUUGACCCCUUCACCUAUGAGGACCCCAACGAUGCGGUUCACGAGUUUGCCAAAGAGAUAGACAUCUCUUGUGUGAAAAUCGAAGAAGUAAUUGGUGCAGGUGAAUUUGGCGAAGUGUGCCGCGGCCGCCUCAAGCAGGCCGGCCGCCGGGAGAUGGUGGUGGCGAUCAAGACUCUCAAGGCGGGCUACACCGAGCGCCAGAGGCGAGACUUCCUCGCCGAGGCCUCCAUCAUGGGUCAGUUCGACCACCCCAACGUAAUUCGGCUGGAGGGUGUCCUGACACGGAGCUGCCCUGUCCUCAUCAUCACUGAAUUUAUGGAAAACGGCGCGCUGGAUUCCUUCCUGAGGGUGAGCAUGCUGGGAGUUGCAAAUUGCGGCACCUCUGACGGGGAAGAUUACUUUCUGCUCGCAUCAAAGCCGAAAGGAACACACACGCAGACAGUCAGCCACAGCACCUUUGGGUUAUUGGAAUGUUUUACUGCGUGUAAAACAGCCUGAGGCGCUCGCUUGCUGAGUGAUAGACAUUAAACGUGUAAUAGAAAGCUUGAAGACAGGCAUUGUGUCUUUGCUUGACGCGGCUGAGUGAUGCUGACAGCCUCUUCGCGGCACAAGCUCCUGCUGGAUAACUUGUCACACGCAGACUUUUGGAUAAGUUUGCUUUGGUGUGUUAGAGAGUCCCCGUACAACCACUGAAUACAUUAUCGAUCAGAGUUGUCUGUACACACCAAACCGCCUACGCAAAAUGUUGAACAAAGGCAGGAUGAGAAAUGAGAUGUCACAAGGUACAUUUCCAGCUGCGUGGGGGCUAUUACAUGUCAUUUACAUUCAAUAACGCUCGUUUUCCUGCAUGGCUGAACUUUGAACAUGUCUACUCUGUGAAACUGGGGGGAAAUGAGGCUGCUUCAUGCUAGUUUUGUCUCAUGUUGCUUGGCGUGAUAACUGCUUUAGCUAUCAGCAGCUUGGGUCAGGGGUGUUCUGGAGAUUCAGGAGUCUUGACAUCUUCCAGCUUGUUUUGAUUUAUUUCCAUUUCAUUGGGUUCCAUUCCAUUUGCUCACAAAUAAAAGCAUGUUUCCACC